CCUGUUGUCAUUCACGGUCGCGUUUUCUUGUUAACUGCGGUCCUUUAAACUGUAGGCAUCUUACACGGCUUUUGCCGAGUUUUGUUAACCGUUAUUAACGCGUUUUCGUUUAAGUUUAAAUGGGGGAAUCAUCAGCAUGUCUGGCGGCUAAAAAAAGGUAGAUGUACUUUAUUUCAACCAUUGAAGUUCUAUAUACUUUAAACUGUUCAGCAGCGUCAGCGUCAAUGUAAUCAGCUAAAACCGUUGACGUGCUAUAAGAUAUCGUGAGCACUGAUUUUAAGCUACUCCAUAUUAACCGUUAAAACUAUUUCGCGUCUGCAUAAUGCCGUCCGGACACUGAUCAGAAAUAUGAUGGAACAGUCAGCGUUUUGUUUUCCAGAAGCUGGUCAGCAAGAAGGCUGAAAACAAACCUUUGAGGAAACAUCCCAAAAACCUCAUUUGAAUCGCGAUCACUGUUCUUGGGCGAUAGCAAUUAGGAAGAUGCCGACCUCCGCAAUUACUAAGUCCUCAGCUAAGCCAAGGUGCCAUAUUAAACUAUUUCCAUCUCUUGUUAUUUGUGCGUGUGAAACGACUUCAUAUGAUUGAGAUGACCUCUUGAACGGCCGCAAAGUAAACCUGCAUAGCCCUUGUCGGCAUAUGUCAAUUUCUGUCUACAGACCGCUUUUAUUUAUCAGAGACCAUGUGGUCACAUAUUUUGGACAGAUAUUCAGAGUAGUUUGACACACAUUUUUUCACUGUUAACAUGUGCAUGAAAGGCGGCAAUUUGAAAAAAUUCCCUUAUGUUGUUUAGUCUGAAAAUGAAGUUAAAACAGAGCCACACUACAGAGUUCUAUAUUAUAAAGCAUUUCGAUGACAGGAUAAUCGAGGCGGCAUUGACUCCCGAUCGCUUUUUCCAGUUAAAUAAGGUGAUGCAUGCAGAUGUUGUAUUUAGCUAUAACUUCGCUGUAAUAAAUUAAGCGCCGCUGUUUCAAACAGUAAAUUCGCUUUCUUGACGAGCAUUUUGAUCCCAUCUCCAUCCCUCGAUGAAUGAUUGCAGUUGUAACCCCACUAGUCACUGCGUACGCCACAAAUAAAUAUACAUAAACGUUUUUUCUACUAUAAAGAUGGGUGUCUUUUCCUUUGGAAAAAAGUAAGCCUCUCUAGUUUUGUCGAUUGAAAAUGUUGUCAGACUAUAGGUUUCAAUAAAAUAAGUGAUAGAACUUGAUAGUAGGUUAUUCAAACCCUGCAGCCGAAUUCGCCAACCCGGUAAGCAUUUUCUAGCAAAAUCAUAAAAAGUACACAAAGAGGACGCUCCUCUCCGGUCUAUCGUAUCACUAAAGGGCGCUCCAACAUACAGACUGGCAAGUGACUGUCCCAACUUCUUAAGUUUCUGACCUGAGAUUCGAACAGCACAGUCCGCUCGUCAACGCAAUUCUUGGAGAAACCUAAGAGAUGUAAUGGUUUCCUUUGAUGUCACGUCCAUUUUUACUUCUAGCCCGCAGCACCUGUCAGUCGAGACCAUCGAACUACUCCUACGAGAGAAAUGUGACAAAACGGAGAAUCGCUUUGGACAAGCCCAAAUCAUCCAGCUCCUGAAGUUCUGUCUCAAGACGUACUUUACGUUUGACGAAACAAUCUACAAGCAGGUGAAGGGAACGCCAAUGGGUUCGCCGAGUUCGGGAUUCAGAGCCGAUGUGGUCCUACAGCGGCUGAAGUCGCUGGUUUCCCGACACCACAGACCGAAAUUCUGGGCUCGGUAUGUGGAUGACACCUUCGUCGUCAUCGAACGGGAUCAGGUGCUGACUUUCAAAGAACAACUCAACGCCGUCUUCCCGGACAUUCAAUUUACGAUGGAAAAGGAGGAGGAAAACAAUCAGCUGGCCUUCCUGGAUGUCCUCGUCUGCCGCAAAGAUUGA